ACGUUUGUAUAUAUGAUCUGCGCAACUGUGAAUAACUUUCCAGUUAAAAUCGAGACUUGAAAGAAUUGACAUAACUAAUUUAUUGUCUAGUUUUUUCUACUGAAACUAGAACAUUCUGUAGUGUUAUUCAUUUAAUUAAGUGACAGUAAUACUGAAGAAUAAUAUUAUAACGGAUUAAUAAGAUCUAACAAAGAAUUUAUCAAAAUGGGUAAAGACUACUAUAAAACUCUUGGUAUCGCAAAAGGUGCUAAUGAUGAUGAAAUUAAAAAAGCAUAUAGAAAAUUAGCCUUAAAAUACCAUCCUGACAAAAACAAGGCGCCUGGAGCGGAGGAGAAAUUCAAAGAAAUAGCUGAAGCGUAUGAAGUACUGUCAGACACAAAGAAGCGUGAAGUUUACGAUAAAUUUGGUGAAGAAGGAUUGAAAGGCGGUGCUUCAUCUGGUGGCGGUGGCGGUGGUGCUGAAACAUACACUUUCCAUGGAGAUCCACGUGCGACAUUUGCUCAAUUUUUCGGCUCAUCAUCACCAUUUGCUACAUUCUUCGAAUUUGGACCUGGUGGCAAUAGCAGAACAUUUGCUUUUGGCAAUGAUGACAUGGACAUGGAAGAUCCAUUUGAUUUGAGAAUGUCUGGUGCACGACAGGGUGGCGGGCAAGGAGCUUUCAGAUCACAUUCAUUCAACUUUGCCGGUCCAGGUGGUGGAAGAAUGACCAAUCAAAAAGAUCACGCUCAAGAUCCUCCAAUAGAACACGACCUUUACGUCACUUUGGAAGAUAUUGCACGUGGUUGUGCGAAAAAAAUGAAGAUAUCAAGGAGGGUAAUUCAACCAGACGGAUCAACAAAGAAAGAAGAUAAAGUACUUACAAUCAAUGUUAAACCUGGUUGGAAAGCAGGAACUAAAAUCACGUUUCAAAAAGAAGGUGAUCAAGGUCGUGGUAAAGUACCAGCUGACAUUGUCUUUAUUAUUCGUGACAAACCUCAUCCCCACUUCAGACGAGAAGGAAGUGACAUCAGGUACACCUGUAAGCUAAGUUUAAAACAAGCUUUGUGCGGUACAAUCGUUGAAGUACCUACGUUAUUCGGCGAAAAAAAGACGCUUAAUCUUACUGAUGAAAUCGUUAAACCAAAUAUGGUCAAACGAAUCCAAGGCCAAGGACUACCAUUCCCGAAAGAACCAUCAAGAAAAGGAGAUUUACUCGUUUCAUUUGAUAUUAAAUUUCCUGAUAAAUUAUCACAAAGCAUCAAAGACAUAUUGUAUGACACUCUACCUAAUUGAAUUCAUAUUUAAUGUUCUUUGUAGUGAGAUGACUGAAUGUGUACAUCUUAAAAAGAAAAAAAAAAAAAAUAAGUAAUAUGUUAGUUUAAUCAUUUAUAUUGACACUGUUGAAAAGAGAUGUACGUUGUAGUACAUUAUUACGAAGAGCAAUAAACAUGCGUGUACAAUAUGUGACAAAA